GUGAGUGAAACCUAAAAAAAGCGUGCAAUAUGGGUGAUCAAAAAGACGAAGCUGAUAGAAGAUUGGAAUUCUUAAGCGAAUAUUUGUUGAAAACAUUGAAACAAAAGAUUGAAAAAUGGAAUAAGUUCAUUACUGGCGAUGAUAAGCACAUACUUUUUAGAUUUUUCGACACUCCAAAGUAUGAAGUAUUAGUGUUUCGAUUGAACACGGCCGGCCUGCUUACUUGUACUUUGUCGUUUCCACCUCUUAGCAGGAGCAAGAUGGUAUAUUUUCUGAGAAAUGUCGAUGAGAAAAUCACGCAGGCAAAUUUUCGACAGGCCUUAACUAUUGGGGAAAUGUCAGGUAACGUAUUGAACGACUUAACUGUGUUGGCUGACGAAGUGAUUGGACCUCUUCUGUGUAACCCAGAAAAUCAGAGGGGAUGGCCUAGGAUAGUACAGAAUGAUAUGCGAAGACAUGUCAAUGAACUGAGGAAUUUGAUGUACCAGUUAAAAGGAGAAAUGACUAGUCAAGUGUUACUACCAAUGCCGGCGGGCGUAGAAACCAUUUAUCAAGCGGAAUCUAGGUUAAAAGAAAGCGAUGGAGAAGAUGUAGACUUGUAUUUGAAAACAAACAUAGAGGGAGCUAUAAUAAAAUGGACGCAACAAGUUCAUGACUUAUUGGCACAGGAUUCAUAUAUCGCAUUCAAAAGAACGAAAUUUCCCCUACCGAGUGCGGAUUUAGAAUUCUACCAACAGCGGCUGAAGAAUCUAGAAGGUAUAUACUCACAACUGCGAGAUCCCCGGGUCAAGAGGAUGGCACAUUAUCUGGAGGACACGAAGAGCGUGUACUUGAGUUGCUUCAAGACCAUGCUUACCAAUGUGGUAGCUGCUAUUGUGGAAUGUCGUGAUAUAUUCGUGUAUCAGAGACCUUUGCAAUCACACUUCGAAACAUUUGAAGCAACAGAAUUCGUUGAAGGAAAGCAUUUGAUCAGACCGAUGCUCCAUUGCAUCGGACUACUGUGGGGCAAUUCUAGAUACUUCUGCAGCGUCGAAAAACUUAUUCCUUUGCUCCGUGAAGUAUGCAACCUUGUAAUACAGCAAAACUCAAACUGUGUCGAUCCCCCGACUAUAUUCCAAGGAGAGCCCGAUGAACAACUGAUCAAGAUUAGAAAGUCUCUGCACAUUUUGAAUCAUUUCCUUGAGACGUACGAGAUGAACCGGGACAAGGUGAACACAUUCUUCCCUCAAGGGGUGUUGCCAGUGCGGUGGUCUUUCGAUUUCGACCGCGUCUUCAAACGGUUCAAUAUAUACAUGAAGCGACUGAAAAUGAUCGAAAAUAUACUAGAGUCUACUGUAGAAAUUCUGAAAUUGGAAAAAGUAGAGUUUUGUGGCCUAAGAGGCAAGAUACUGAGUACCGAAUGCAUGAAGGUGUUAGAUGAGUACUCGUUAAAAUACAGCCAUUUGGGUAACAUACAAUAUGACCCCGCGGAUCCAGAGGAUGAUUCAUUCUUGGUGGACUAUGACGCCCAUAUGGCGGUACUAGAUGAUGUAGACCGACGUCUAGCGUCUUUGUUCUCACAAGGACUUGACGAGUGCCAUAAUUUGGAGCAUUUCUUUAAGUUUUUCCAAAUCAUUGGAGACCUGUUUCACCGGCCUAUAAUCAAGAAUGAAUUGAAGCCGAAAUUGCCCAGGUUACUUGAUUUCAUGCACGCGAAUUUGGACGCUGUUAAAGAAAUUUUUGAUGAAGAAAUGGCGAAAAUAACCAAAGGGCCGGAACGACCGAUGGUGGAUCCGUAUCUACCACCAGUUGCUGGUAUGCUCUGGUGGAUUCACAAACUUCGCAGGAGGAUUCAGUCACCUAUGGAAGAUUUUAUCAUGUUUGAAGAUCCUAUAAUAGAAUCAGAAUACGCGUUAUAUAUGAAACAAAAGACGAAUGAAAUGCUGGGCUACCUGAACGUGGCCGAGGACAAACAGUUCAAGGCGUGGUGUGCUACUGUACCUGGUAUUUGCAAGACUCAUCUUGCCAAGAAUCUAAUAUACCGAGAUCCACCUUUUGUUCGCAAUAACUUCAGUCCUGAGCUUGUAAUGCUACUACGGGAAAUUCGUUACAUGAAAUACUUGGAGAAGCAAGGCAUCCCUCAGGAUGGUUUGGAUCUUUACAACAGAAAUGAGAAGUUGCAGUAUGAUAUGAAUCGCCUGAACCGCGCAAUAGCGUGGUAUAAUGCGAUCCGUGAGGGUAGCCACGAGACGGAGGUGGCGCUCAUUGAGAAGGAGAUAUCUGCCAUUGACCAGUUGCUGGGUCACGGUGUGGAAGAACUCACUUGGAAUGAUGACUUUACUGAUUGGAUGGCGGAAGUAUACACUGCGAUAAACACACUACAAGAGCGUGUUUUGACUGCUCAGAACAACGUGAAGCGAGGGUUGGCUAAUAUAGCGACGUGGGGCGACAUACCAUUGCAUAACCGCAAGGCCAACCCUGAUAAACUAGAACUGCUCGCUGUUAAUGAACGACACAGGAGAUUCUUAUACAGGAGAAACGAUAUCCUGGCAAGCCAUAAAGAGUUCCAAGAAAUAUUGAAAGAUAAUUAUAAGCUGUUCUUCAAUAUAAAGGAUGAGUCUGAAGAGGAUCAAUUGGAGGAAGAGACAUUGGAAGAAGUAGACGAAUCUACGUUAGAUGAUGACGAAAGAGAAGCAAGGGCUAAAAAACUUCAAGAAAUUGAAGCAAGGCGUGAGGAAGCACGUUUAGCUAAAGAGGAAAGGGACCGAGAGAAGGCAAUAAAAGAUCAGAUUAAGUUUGAAAGACGAGAGGCUCGUCGGUUGAAGAGAGAAAUUAAAGAAUUUGAAAAGGCUGAGAGACAGGCUCGACGAGCGGAAGGCGAGGAGGUGGAUUCGCCAGCCGAGGAAGUGGAAGAGUUAGAUCCCGAAGAACUAGCUGAUAUUGAAGAAGAAAGACGUGAAAUGGAGGAAGAGGCAUUCAGAGCAUCUCGUUGGCCGGCCUAUGUGAAAUACGUGGACUCACUUGUUUCUCGUCAAAUAAUGAAAGCUGUGCAGACUAGUUUGAACUUGUUUGAGAAACAGACUGACUUGGAAAAGGGUCCGAGGGUGGCGUUUAUGGAAGUGAUCGCUGAGCUUAGAGAUCCAGAUAUUUAUUUCUCUCCGUCUCUGGAUGUGAUGGAAGAAGACGGUCUUUUCUAUACUCUGAUGGAAAUGAUGAAGGAUAUGUUCUUACAGACCACACUGUUUCCUAGAAUAGACCCGAUUAUACCCAUAGCUUCCUAUGAAGAUGAUUUAAUUGGCGAAGAUGCUAUGAUUGAUUUAUACCACGAAAUGUUGAAAAGAAUUGAAAAUAGCAUUAACGACAUCGCCCAGUACUCGUCGAAAUAUGAGAAGUACACGCCUCUGUGGACAGAAGACAGACAAGAAGUUCUGCAUGCGUUCUUAAAGUACGGCAGAUUCAUACCACCAGAAGAAUUUGAUAAGUAUAGAUUUGAGAACCAAUGCGAUCCUCCAGAAGCGAAACCUACUUUAGAACAAUAUCAGGCAGAGAUAGACAAGUACAACGCGAUGUACGAUGAGGUGGCGGCUCUACCUUCCGAGUAUCUAUGCAACGGUUGGCUAAGGUUGGAUCUCAAACGGCUGAACCAAGCUAUCAUGAACAUUAUAUGCAAAUGGAGUAACCUUUUCAAGGAGAAUUUGAAAGACCAUGUGCAUAAGAGUUUGGAUGACCUUGAAGAGUUCAUAGCAUAUGCAACUAAAGCGUUAUCAGUUGAACUAGCAGAAGAUGAUUACGAUGGCUUACUCAAAGUGAUGGGAGUGCUGAACGAGGUUCGAGCCAAGAUGGACGCCGACACUGACCACAUGUUUGAACCACUCAGAGAUAUCAUAGAUGUGCUUAAAGAAUACGGUGUUGAGUUCCCCGAGGAAACUUAUGAACAGCUGGAUGUGUUGCCUGAGAAAUGGCGUAACUUGGUGAAGCAAGCGACGGUAAUGAAGAACACGGUGGCACCGCUGCAAGCUGCUCAGGCCGCACUCAUUGCCAAGCGAGUGGCACUCAUCAACCUACGGCUUAACAUGUACAGGGAACAGUUUAAGACUAAAGAGAUGUUCCUCGAAUCAUGUAAGGAACCGUAUAGAAGUAUUGAUAAAGUCAACCAGGAGCUUGUAGGAUUUGAAGAAAUAUUAGAGGGGCUAAAGAAGUCCUGUGGUUUGUUUGAUAUCCAACCUCCUGACGAGAAGAAUCUCAAGCAAUGCAGACGCGAACUUAAACUUAUCAAGCAAUUAUGGGAUUACUAUUACUUGGUGAUGGGAUCCAUUGAAUUCUGGAAGAAGUCACCAUGGAAGAAGAUUGAUGCUGACGGCAUGGAUCAGGAGUGUAAACGAUUUACAAAGGAUCUCCGACAGCUUGACAAGGAUAUGAGAUCAUGGGAGCCGUACGGCGUAACAGAAUCAACAAUUAAGAACUUGAUGACAUCUUUGAGAGCCGUCACUGACCUACAGAACCCUGCUAUUAAGGACAGGCAUUGGUUAGAACUCAUGAUGGCAACCAAGGUUAAGUUCCAAAUCGAUGACGACACGACACUGGCAGACUUGCUCGCUCUAAAUCUACACAAAUAUGAAGAAGAGGUGAAAACUAUCGUCGAUAAAUCUGUCAAAGAAGCUGCUAUGGAGAAAACUCUCAAGGAAUUGGAGACUACUUGGGCUGUUAUGGAAUUCGAAUACACUAAACAUGACAGAACUGGAGUCAAAUUGCCUAGAGCUAGUGAGGAGCUUGUAGAGACACUGGAAGACAACCAGAAUCAAGUACAAAACAUGAUGUCCUCCAAGUUUGUCGGUUUCUUUGAAAUGGAGGUUACUGAAUGGCAGAAGAAACUGGGCACUGCUGACGCUGUGAUAGCUUUAUGGUUCGAAGUACAACGUAAAUGGCAGUACUUGGAGAGCAUUUUCGUAGGUUCCGACGAUAUUCGAUCACAAUUACCUGAGGACUCGGCGAGGUUUGAUACUAUUGAUAAAUCGUUCAAGGAAAUGUUGAAAGAUAUAGCUACUACACCUAAUGUAAUAGAGGCAACGAACAAACCGAAUCUGCAAGAAAAUCUCGAGGAAUUGAUGGAGCACUUGAAUAAGUGCGAGAAGGCACUCAACAAUUAUCUGGAGACGAAGCGAUUGGCUUAUCCUCGCUUUUACUUCGUGUCAUCUGCAGAUUUGCUUGAUAUUUUGUCGAACGGCAAUAAUCCCCCGGCGGUGUGUCGGCACUUGCCGAAGUUAUACGACAAUCUGGCGAUGCUUGUAUUCCCUAGCCCGGCCAGCAAGCAAGCCAUCGAGAUAAUAUCCAAGGAGAACGAGGAACAUGUGCCAUUCAAAGCACCCUGCUGUGAUUGUAGUGGAAAGGUGGAAACAUGGCUUAACAGAGUAACUGACUGCAUGCGUAUGACUCUGCGUGACAUUUUGGCGCACAGUGUGAAGUCGUAUGAAGAGAAACCUCGAGACGAGUGGGUGUUCGACUGGCCCGCACAACCUGCGCUCGUCGGCACUCAGAUCUGGUGGACCUCGGAGACUAACCAGGCUUUUGAGAAACUCGAAGAAGGCUAUGAGAAUGCGCUAAAAGAUUAUCAGAAGAAACAAAUCGCACAACUAAAUGCUUUGAUUGUGUUGCUACUUGGUGACUUGACAGUGGGGGAUCGACAAAAGAUUAUGACGAUCUGUACGAUUGACGUACACUCUCGAGAUGUGGUCGCUAAACUUAUUGUGGCGAAGGUGGAGUCAUCUACUGCCUUUCAGUGGCAGAGCCAGUUGAGACAUCGUUGGGAUUAUUCCAUUGGGCAUUGCUUUGCGAAUAUUUGUGAUGCACAGUUUAUGUAUGAUUAUGAGUACCUUGGGAACACGCCUAGGCUUGUAAUCACGCCUCUAACUGAUCGCUGCUACAUCACUUUAACACAGAGUUUGCAUCUGGUAAUGGGCAGCGCUCCUGCUGGGCCCGCGGGUACUGGGAAGACAGAAACCACGAAAGAUUUGGGUAGAGCUCUGGGCAUUAUGGUCUAUGUAUUCAACUGCUCCGAACAAAUGGAUUACAAAUCUUGUGGCAAUAUUUAUAAAGGUUUAUGUCAAACUGGCGCAUGGGGAUGUUUCGAUGAGUUCAACCGGAUCUCAGUGGAGGUGCUCUCCGUGGUGUCGGUCCAAGUGAAGACAGUGUUGGAUGCUAUCAAAGCUAAGAAAAAGAAAUUCGAUUUCAUGGGAGAACAUAUUACACUCAUAGCCACUGUUGGUAUGUUCAUCACCAUGAAUCCCGGUUACGCGGGAAGAACUGAGCUACCCGAGAAUUUGAAGGCACUGUUCAGACCAUGUGCCAUGGUGGUACCCGACUUCGAGCUGAUUUGUGAGAUCAUGUUGGUGGCCGAAGGGUUCCAGGAUGCUCGUCUACUAGCACGCAAAUUCAUCACGUUAUAUACUCUGUGUCGUGAACUGCUCUCCAAACAAGAUCACUACGAUUGGGGUUUGAGGGCUAUUAAAUCAGUGUUGGUAGUGGCUGGCUCUUUAAAGCGCGGUGACCGCCUAAGACCAGAAGACCAAGUGUUGAUGAGAGCUCUGAGAGAUUUCAACAUCCCUAAAAUCGUAACUGACGACAUGCCUGUGUUUAUGGGGCUGAUUGGGGAUCUGUUCCCCGCCCUCGACGUGCCUAGAAAACGUGACAUGGAUUUUGAGAAACAUUUGAUUGACGGUGCUAUAUCCAUGAAGCUUCAACCGGAGCCAGGGUUUAUUUUGAAGAUGGUGCAACUAGUAGAACUGUUCGCUGUAAGACACUCGGUCUUCAUUGUUGGCUUUGCGGGAACUGGUAAAUCAAUGGUUUGGCAGUGUCUGAAUAGGACUUAUUACAUGUUGAAGCAAAAACCGUUUUACAAUGAUCUUGAUCCUAAAGCCGUGACUAACGACGAACUCUUCGGCAUCAUUAACCCGGCCACUCGAGAGUGGAAAGAUGGUUUAUUCUCCACCAUAAUGCGUGACAUGGCUAAUAUGCCUGGAGAUGGACCGAAGUGGAUCGUUCUUGAUGGAGACAUUGAUCCGAUGUGGAUUGAAAGCUUGAAUACUCUGAUGGAUGACAAUAAAGUGUUAACGCUCGCCAGUAACGAACGAAUUGCUUUGACUAAAUCAAUGCGGCUUUUGUUUGAAAUUGCCACGUUGAGGACAGCUACACCAGCGACGGUAUCACGAGCUGGUAUUCUUUACAUCAAUCCCCAGGACUUAGGAUGGAAUCCAUUUGUCGCAUCUUGGAUAGACACAGCGAGAGAUGAUGAAUCUGAGAAGGCGAUGCUAACAGUGAUGUUUGACAAGUACAUACCAUCACUGCUGGAAUCCUGCAAGAAGUACAAGAAAAUUACACCGCUUACAGAGCUACAACAAAUACAGCUCAGCUGUUAUUUGCUUGAGUGUUUCUUGAAUAAGACUUUGCUACCCAGUGAUUGUCCUAAGGAAUGGUACGAAAUUUACUUCGUCUUUGCCGUUGUUUGGGGCUUCGGUUCGGCCCUUUUCCAAGAUCAAAUAGUUGACUGGCGUAAUGAAUUCAGCAAAUGGUUCUGUAAUGAAUUCAAGCAGAUUAAGUUCCCGUCCACGGGCAACGUGUUCAGUUUCUUCAUUGAUCCAGACACUAAGAAGUUUUUACCAUGGUCUGAAAAAGUCGAGAACUUCGAAUUGGAUCCCGAUAUUCCUCUUCAGUCAACGUUGGUAGCGACUAACGAGACGACUCGUACGAGGUUCUUCAUGGACCUGCUGAUUCAGAAGCAGAAACCAGUGAUGUUAGUGGGCAGCGCUGGUAGUGGCAAGUCUGUGAGCGUAGCGGCUAAACUGGCCGCCCUACCAGACUCGUAUGCUAUCAUUAAUGUGCCACUCAACUUCUAUACCACAUCAGAAAUGAUUCAGAGAGUAUUAGAAAAACCUUUGGAAAAGAAGUCUGGUCGUAACUUUGGACCGCCUGGCAGCAAGUUUAUGAUAUAUUUCGUGGAUGACAUGAACAUGCCCGAGGUAGACAAGUACGGGACUGUGCAGCCACACACGUUGAUCCGACAAUUCAUGGAUUACAAGCACUGGUACGACAGACAAAAAUUGACGCUGAAGGAUAUUUCGAACUGCAUGUUUGUAGCGUGCAUGAAUCCUACAGCUGGCUCGUUCACUAUUGACCCUAGAUUACAGAGACACUUCUGCACUUUCGCUGUGAGUUUUCCCGGGUUGGAAGCGUGCUUCCACAUCUAUAAGAGCAUCUUGGUCCAGCAUUUGAUGAACCCUGCCAACAAGUACGUCCCGGUGGUGUAUCGAUAUACCGAGGUCGUAGUAGGAGUGGCUUUGGCUUUACAUACUAAGCUUUCCACUACUUUCCUACCUACGGCCAUCAAGUUCCACUACAUCUUCAAUCUGAGGGAUCUGUCCAAUAUAUUCCAGGGCUUAUUAUUCGCAACUGGCGAAGCAAUCAAGACACCUUCUGAACUUCUUAGACUGUGGAUGCACGAAGCGACUCGGGUGUACUCAGAUAAGCUGGUCGAUGCCAGCGAUAACGAUACUUUCAAUAAGCUUAUGUUCGAGGUGAUCAAGAAAAAUUGUGAAGACUACGAUGAAAAUGUGAUAAUGGAGAAACCCUUGAUCUUCUGCCACUUUGCGGAGGGUAUAGGAGAUCCUAAGUACUUCCCCAUCAAGGACUGGAAUCACAUCAAGAAACUUUUGGAUGAGUCACUCUCUGCUUAUAACGAUCUUGUGGCUACUAUGAACUUAGUGCUCUUUGAAGAUGCCAUGUACCAUAUUUGCAGGAUUAAUCGUAUCCUGGAAGCUCCACGUGGCAACGCCUUGUUGGUUGGCGUGGGCGGUUCGGGCAAACAGUCGCUCUCCCGACUGUCAUCAUUCAUCUCCUCGCUAGAAGUGUUCCAGAUACAACUGCGUAAAGGAUACAGCAUGAAUGACCUUAAAGUUGAUUUAGCUGGUCUGAACUUGAAAGCUGGUUUGAAGGCGAUCGGCAAUGUUUUCCUGAUGACCGACGGACAGGUCGCUGACGAGCGCUUCUUGGUUCUGAUCAACGACUUACUAGCCUCUGGAGAGAUAGCAGAGUUGUUCCCAGAUGAAGAUGUUGAAAACAUUAUCAACGGAGUCAGAGGAGAGACUAAAGCAACUGGUGUGCCUGACACCCGUGAGAAUUGUUGGGCUUUCUUCAUUAACCGGGUUCGCACGUUGCUCAAGGUGAUAUUGUGUUUCUCUCCUGUGGGCGCUACGCUACGAGUGCGCGCGCGCAAGUUCCCUUCUCUUGUCAACUGUACUGCGAUUGAUUGGUUCCACGCUUGGCCGCAAGAAGCGCUGCGGUCCGUCUCCAAACGUUUCAUAGCUGAAGUGGAAUGUUUACCGGAACAAUUAGUAGAACCGGUGUCGGGUUUUAUGUCACACGUACAUCAAAGCGUAAACGAAAUGUCGGAAAUAUACUACCAGAACGAGAAACGGUAUAACUAUACGACGCCGAAGACCUUUUUGGAACAGAUCGCUUUGUACAGCAAACUUCUUAAUGAGAAGACUAAAAACCUUAAGAUGAUGAUCAUAAGACUGGAGAACGGGCUGGAGAAGUUGGCGUCGUGUGCUGGAGAUGUCGCUGUGUUGAAGGUGACUCUUGCUGAGCAAGAAAUUAUUUUAAAAGAGAAAAACAAAGCCGCCGAAGCGCUCAUUGAAGUAGUCGGCGCUGAGAGUGAAAAGGUGUCCAAAGAAAAAGCAUUUGCCGCGGAAGAGGAGAAAAAAGUAAAAGUUAUAGAAGAAGAUGUAACAAUUAAGGCAAAGAUUUGCGCGGAUGACUUGGCAAAGGCUGAGCCGGCGCUGAUCGCAGCCCAGGAAGCGUUGAAUACACUGAAUAAGAACAAUCUAACGGAAUUGAAAUCUUUCGGAUCACCGCCUGAAGCCGUCGUCAACGUGUGUGCCGCGGUACUCGUACUCUUUGCCAAGAAGGGCAAGUUACCGAAAGACAGAUCUUGGAAGGGAUGCAAAUUAAUGAUGGCAAAAGUAGAUCAGUUCUUGAAUGAUCUUGUGUACUACGAUAAGGAGAACAUUCAUCCCGACGUUGUUAAGGCAGUACAACCAUACAUAAAGAAUCCAGAAUUCAACCCGGGGUUCAUAAUGUCUAAGUCAGCGGCUGCGGCCGGUCUGUGCGCGUGGGUCAUCAACAUCGUAAAGUUCUACGAGGUGUACGUAGUGGUGGAGCCUAAAAGACGUGCCCUCAACGCUGCUAAUGCUGAGCUGCAAGCGGCAAGAGACAAACUCGCCUUCCUUACUGAUCAGAUCGCUGAACUCGAAGAGAAACUGGAAGAACUGCUGAAAGCCUUUCAGGAGGCAGUUAAUGAGAAAAUGAAAUGUCAGGCUGAAGCCGAUGCUACUAAUGCAACCAUUGAUCUAGCAAACAGAUUAGUGAAUGGUCUAGCUUCAGAGAAAAUUAGAUGGUCAGCAACGGUAGUUGACUUGAAAGAGUCAGGCGUCAUGCUACCAGGAGAUGUUCUACUGGUGACCGCCUUCAUCUCCUACGUGGGCUGCUUCAUGCGCCGCUACCGCAUGCUACUCAUCAACAACGACUGGAUACCUACGCUUGCCAAGACCAACCCCAAAAUCGAUACGACUGAGGGUUUGGAUCCAUUGUCAAUGCUGACAGAUGAUGCGAUGGUAGCUUCGUGGAACAACGAAGGCCUACCCACCGAUACUAUGAGUACGGAGAAUGCAACUAUACUUACUAACUCCGCGAGAUGGCCGCUAUUGAUAGAUCCGCAAUUACAAGGUUUAAAAUGGAUUAAACAAAAAUACGGAGAAUCUUUGGUCGUAGUUCGACUGACACAGCGGAACUAUCUGGACCGAAUUGAGCGUGGUGUGAGUAAUGGUGAAAUAGUGAUACUGGAGAAUAUUGGAGAGACUGUGGACGCUGUGCUCGACCCCUUGCUGGGCCGAGUACUUAUACGCAAGGGGAAAGUGCUCAAAAUUGGAGACAGAGAGAUAGAUUACCACCCGAAUUUCCGAUUUAUGAUGCAAACUAAGCUAGCUAACCCACACUACCAGCCGGAGAUGCAAGCGCAGUGUACGCUCAUCAAUUUCACCGUCACUAAAGAUGGGUUAGAAGAACAGCUUUUGGGUGAAGUAGUGAAAGCAGAACGUCCAGACCUAGAAACCUUACGAUCAGGCCUAACGAAGCAACAGAAUGACUUCAAAAUCACUUUGAAAACUUUAGAAGACGAUCUACUAAAACGUUUGUCCUCGGCUGGACCUGACAUACUCAGUGAUUCAGCACUCGUAAUUAAUUUGGAAACAACCAAGAAGACUGCCGCGGAUAUUGAGAUAAAAGUAGAGGAAGGCAAAAAAACGGCAGUACAGAUUGAUGACGCUAGAGAGAAGUAUAGGCGGGCUGCUGCAAGAGCUUCACUAUUGUAUUUCAUCUUGAACGACUUGUACAAGAUCGACCCGAUGUACCAGUUCUCGCUGAAGGCAUAUAGCGUCGUGUUCAAGGACGCAUUGGCUAAAGCUGGGCAAGCUCCGGAGCUGGAGCAGCGCGUGUUCAACUUGCUCGAUAGCAUCACAUUCGCCGUCUUUGUUUACACCAGCCGAGGCCUCUUUGAAAGGGACAAGCUUGUCUUCCUUUUCCUUAUUACUUUACAGAUUCUGCAAGCUGAAGGUAAAGUAGACCCGGUAGAAUUGGACUUCUUAUUGAAGUUCGCAGUGGCACCGGAGAUAUCGCCGUACGCUUGGCUGAGUAACCAAUGCUGGGGUGGUGUCGUCGCGCUUUCCAAAAUGGAUGCAUUCGAAAAUCUUGACAAAGACAUUGAGGGUGCUUCCAAAAGAUGGCAGAAAUAUACGGAAGGUGAAGCUCCUGAGAGAGACAAGUUACCGGGUGAAUGGAAGAACAAGACAGCGUUGCAGCGCCUUUGUAUAAUGCGAGCUUUGCGACCUGACCGCAUGUCUUACGCUUCUGGAGCAUUUUGUGAAGAGAAUCUGGGAACAAAAUACGUUGAGGCGCGUACGCCAUCUUUAGAAGUAUCGUAUCAAGAGAGUAAUUCCACUACUGCGAUGUUCUUUAUUCUGUCACCUGGUGUCGACCCGUUGAAGGAUAUAGAAAAGCUGGGACGCAAAAUUGGCAUCUCAGCGGAAAAGAAGAAUUUCCAUAUUGUGUCCUUAGGCCAAGGUCAAGAGGUAGUAGCAGAACAAGGUAUGGGCGUUGCAUCCGUCAAUGGAGAUUGGGUCAUCUUGCAAAAUAUCCACUUGGUCAAAAAUUGGUUGCCAGCUCUUGAGAAGAAAAUGGAAGAGUGCUUUGAAAAUCCUCUGCCGGGUUACAGGUUGUUCCUAAGCGCUGAGCCAGCCGGCGAUCCCAAGUACCACAUUAUACCUCAAGGAAUCUUGGAGUCUUCGAUCAAAAUCACUAAUGAACCACCUAUCGGCAUGUGGGCGAAUUUGCAUAAGGCUCUAGAUUGCUUCAGCCAGGAAACGCUGGAAAUGUGCAGCAAAGAAGCUGAGUUUAAAUCAGUGUUGUUCGCUCUAUGUUACUUCCAUGCCGUCGUGGCUGAGAGACGUAAGUUCGGCCCUCAAGGAUGGAACAGGGUAUACCCAUUCAACUUUGGAGAUUUGACAAUUUGUGUGUACGUGCUGUUCAACUACUUGGAAGCGAAUCCUCGAGUGCCGUGGGAGGACUUACGGUAUCUCUUCGGAGAGAUCAUGUAUGGUGGACACAUUACUGACGAUUGGGAUAGACGGCUUUGUCGUACCUUCUUACUUGAAUACAUGCAGGCAGAAUUGGUGGACGGUGAACUGCAACUAGCUCCUGGCUUCAUAUCACCAUCUAAUUCUGACUACGUUGGCUAUCAUGCCUACAUUGACGACUAUCUACCAGAUGAAACUCCUUAUUUGUAUGGGUUGCAUCCUAAUGCGGAAAUAGGAUACUUGACUACUGUCUCCGAAAGACUAUUCAAGGUGGUGUUUGAAAUGCAACCGAGAGACACUGGCGCUCAGGCUGGUGGUGGCAUGAGUAAAGAUGAACAGAUUCGAAUGUUGCUGGAGGACAUCAUGGACAGAAUCCCUGAGCCAUUCAACCUGGCUGAACUGAUGGGAAAAGUGGAAGAAUUGACUCCUUUCACUAUAGUAGCAAUUCAAGAAUGUGAGCGAAUGAACAGACUUAUGGGAGAAAUUCGAAGGUCAUUGAAGGAGACUGAAUUAGGUCUUAAGGGAGAGUUGACUAUAAGUGGUGAUAUGGAGCAGCUGAUGGAGUCCCUGUUUAUGGACAAUGUACCGGAAUCAUGGAGUAAACUGGCAUACCCUAGCCUGUUGGGGCUGGCUGCUUGGUUCUCUGACCUGUGCAUACGAUUGACUGAGCUUGAAAACUGGACUGGUGAUUUUACCCUGCCACCAGCAGUGUGGCUAGCAGGUUUCUUCAACCCUCAGUCGUUCCUGACUGCCAUCAUGCAACAGACGGCCCGUAAGAACGAGUGGCCUCUAGAUAAAAUGUGCUUGAAUUGUGACGUCACCAAGAAGAGUCGGCAGGACUUCAAUGCUCCCCCUCGCGAAGGCGCCAAUAUUCACGGACUGUUCAUGGAAGGCGCUCGCUGGGACACUAUGACCGGCGGUAUAGUCGAGUCCCGUAUGAUGGAGCUGUUCCCCAUGAUGCCAGUCAUCUUUAUCCGCGCCGUCACGCAGGAUAAACAGGAUACACGUAACGUCUAUGAGUGUCCAGUCUACAAGAUUCGUAUGCGAGGUCCAACUUUCGUUUGGACCUUCAAUCUGAAAACCAGGGACAAACCAACUCGCUGGACCCUCGCCGGAGUAGCAUUGUUGCUUGGAGUCUAAAUGUUAAUUAUUUAUACUUAUUAUUAUUUUGUUAUAGCG